GGAAGCGGAAGUGGUGGCGGCCGCCUCGGUUCCUGGAGCGGAGGUCGAGGGAAGAGGAGACGGGUAGGGACCUCGGCACAGGUCCGUCCGUAACGGGUGCGUAGGGAGUUCGCGGGAUGGGAGGGCCGAGCCGAGAGAGGUCCUCCGGUUAGCGCGCGCCGGCCUACGAGAUGAGUUCCAAGGCCAAGAAACGCGUGGUGCUGCCCACGCGCCCCGCGCCUCCCACGGUGGAGCAGAUCCUGGAGGACGUGCGAGGGGCAUCCGCCCACGAUCCUGUCUUCACCGCCCUGUCCCCAGAAGACCCCCCAGACACAUCCCCGAGGGCCGAGAACCAGCAGGAGCAGAUCUACCAGCAGAGCCGGGCCUACGUGGCCAUGAAUGAGAGGCUGUGGCAGGCCGGGGAGGCACUGAGGCAGAAGUUUGAUGACCUUCGGCAAGCCGGUCACAGGCUGGAGCAGGAUGUUGGCCAGCUGACCUCCGCCGCCACCUAGAGCUAUCCUGGAUGCCCUCGGCCCAGGCCUGGGCACCUGGCAGCCAAAGGCUCUGGGUCAACACUUGCUGUGGCAACGCUGGACUGAGGGGACCCAGUGGCCCACUCUUCAGGCUUGGGGUUUGUUCCCUCUUCUGUCCUUGGUGGCCUCUAAUUUGUAAUAGGACUUGAGGACAUAGCCACCUCCUUGUUAAUGGGGACGCCAGCCCGGAUUGCAUCUAGGACGUGGCUGCAGGUCGGGGCUCAGAGCUAGUCUGCCCCAUAGUGGGCAGGACGUCACCUGUGUGUUCUGCUGCCCCAUGUCACCCCGGGCAGCCAAAGUCUCCAUCCCCACCAUCCACAAAGCCCAGCAACCAGUACGUGCGAAGUCAUCUUGCUUGAGAGAAUGGACUGGCAACCCCUCCCCGAGCCUGGCUAGGUCCUCCAAGGCCCUGCUGGCUUUCCUGUUCUCCCUGGGGCUGGGUGACUCAGCAAGGGGGUUUUCAUUCUGGGGGGUCGAGGGGUACGGGAGCAGCCCAAAGACAGGUGACAGCUCAGGGAUGCCUGCAGCUCCCUGUGGUGCAAGCAGAGCUGGGCACUCACUGGACCCCUGUGUGAGGUGCCACGCUAGGGUGGGUGGGCUUUAUUCCUGGAAGAUCAAAGGUGUUUGAUACCUGAGCAUGGACCUCCCCUAAGCUGGACACUGGAUCGCUGGGGCCCACGUCUAUGCCGGCCCCCUCGCACCUCAGGCGUCGGCCACCCUACGCGAGGUCUCAGUCCCAAACGGCCUGGGACUGUGUUAAAAAUGGCCUUCAUGUGUGGCCAGGUUAUUCCUGCCAUUCCCCAUUCCUGGUGGCCACCGACCUGUUUGGCCUGACUAGUGUAGCCUGGGUUCCCGGGUCCCGUCCCUGCCUCUACCACCGUUGGCCAGUGUCCGAGAGCAGAUGGCCAGGUGUGGCUUGGCUGACCCUGAAUCAAGUUCUGCUCCAGCAUGUGGAGACCUGACGCCGUGUCCAGCCAGCUGGGAGCUCAGGCCCACACAAAUGCCUUGUGUGCUUGGACCAUAGCUGCCGUAGAAAGUUCUGGACCCCCCCCCCCCCCCGCAGAACCCAUGUUGAAGAUGAAAGCCUUGGGCACCCCAGAGGGACUCGCUUUAUUAAAGAUGUGAACGAGAACCAGAA